UGCCCAACCAGUCGCACACAUAAAACGACUAGGAAACGAAUAUUUCAAGGGGAGGCGACAAAUAAGGAAAACAAAUGAGUUUUUAAUCCAACGGGACAAACCGGUACAUAGCCGUUAGCUGUUCAGACAUCGGUGGAGAGUGAAAAUAUCGAGUUUGUAAGGCCUCCUGUAUGGACCACAAUAUGAGAACGUCAGUGAAAGGCGGAUUGACCACUUGGUGAAGUCGAAAGGUCAGGGGAAGAUCCCAUCUGGAAACAGGUUGCCAAAGCAGACAGACCGGGCGGGUAGGACUGUGCACUCGCUGCUUGGUCGACCACGGUAACUCGCCACCAUGCCAUUCCCCUUUGGCAAGUCCCACAAGUCGCCGGCGGAUAUCGUCAAGAACCUGAAGGAUAGCAUGACGGUGUUGGAGAAACACGACAUCUCUGACAAGAAGGCUGAGAAGGCCACAGAAGAGGUGUCUAAGAGCCUGGUGGCGAUGAAGGAGAUUCUCUAUGGUACCAAUGAGAAGGAGCCCCAGACUGAGGCGGUGGCCCAGCUGGCUCAGGAGCUCUACAACAGCGGCCUGCUCAGCACCCUCGUAGCUGACCUGCAGCUCAUCGACUUUGAGGGUAAGAAGGAUGUGGCUCAGAUCUUCAACAACAUCCUGAGGCGUCAGAUCGGGACGCGGACGCCCACGGUGGAGUACCUCUGCACUCAGCAGAACACCCUCUUCAUGCUGCUCAAAGGGUACGAGUCUCCAGAGAUCGCUCUGAACUGUGGCAUCAUGCUGAGGGAGUGUAUCAGGCACGAGCCGCUGGCCAAGAUCACCCUGGGGGCCGAGCAGUUCUACGACUUCUUCAGAUACGUGGAGAUGUCCACGUUUGACAUCGCCUCAGAUGCAUUCGCCACUUUUAAAGACUUGCUAACGAGACACAAGAUUCUGAGUGCUGAGUUCCUGGAGCAGCAUUACGACAGGUUCUUCAGUGAAUAUGAGAAGUUACUCCACUCAGAGAACUACGUGACUAAAAGGCAAUCCCUCAAGUUGCUGGGAGAGCUUCUUCUCGAUCGACACAAUUUCACCAUCAUGACGAAAUACAUCAGCAAGCCAGAGAACCUCAAGCUAAUGAUGAACCUUCUUCGAGACAAAAGCCGCAACAUCCAGUUUGAGGCCUUCCACGUCUUUAAGGUGUUUGUGGCCAACCCCAACAAGACACAGCCCAUCUUGGACAUUCUUCUGAAGAACCAGACCAAACUCAUUGAGUUCCUCUCCAAGUUCCAGAACGACAGGACGGAGGACGAACAGUUCAACGAUGAAAAGACAUACCUGGUCAAACAGAUCAGAGAUCUGAAGAGGCCGGCCCCCCAGGAGGCCUGAGGGAGGGGCUUAAGUGGUCCAGACAACAUCUGGAUAACGGACUCAUCAGCAGCUGCUGCUGUUCUGGUUUUUCCACCAUUUGAGGAAACAAAACAAAAAAUAUUGCGCCCGUAUCAAGUCAUCAGGAAGUCUCCAGCUCAUUCUGCUGUUCAACGCAACGGACAUACAAUUUAUUUUUAUUUAAAGUUUCUCCUUUUAAAAAGAAAAGAGAUUAACAUAAAAUAUGCUGCUUCUUUCUUACACAUUAAGACGUGGAAGGGUAACAUCAACAACACAACAAAGGUCAUUCAAACAAAUAGUAACAAUGAAAUCUACUACAUUUGAGCGCUAUGCAGACUUCUGACGUGCGCACACACAGUGCUAUAAUAUCAGCAUAAACCUUGAGACGAAAAGGUACUAACAAAGUGAACAUUGGGGUGUUGGUUGCAUGCCUUGUCAGAUCCAUGGCUGUACUUGGGGCUAGACGCUGGCCCUGUCUACUUAGCGUCACAGACGGCAAAAAGCACGUGCAUCGCAGCACCAGCUACAACUCUUAUCUAUGCUUUCAUCGUAUACAGCAGCAACAGUGAUGCAUUUUAAAAUGGGCUCUCCAACGGCCUCACACCGAACCAUGCAGCCUGUGGUGUAUUGUGAAACGGCACAGAGCGGAUGGUAUGGGUAAAAUGCUAGAUAUUAUUUCGGUACAGGCCUGACUUGGGUUUCUUUUUUGUUCUGGGACAGGGUGAAUGUGUACAUAUGCCUUGUAUUUUUUUAAUUAUUUUUGCUUUGUAGAUUUUGUUGAAACAUUGACACAUGAAUAUAUAUAUAUAUAUAUUACCUUAAAUCAAGUUUUUCGUUCAUUCUAAUCAAAUUAAUUUUUUUAAGAGUUUUUUCUGCGUUUAAUUUGACUGCCGAAUUGAAAUGGUGGCUGGUUUUUCUUUGUACAUAACUUCCAGCCAGGGCCAGCUCUCACGUUGUUAACCUAGAAGACAUUAAUAAUAAUUAGUACAGCUGGGGAAUGUCAUGGUAUUAGCCAGAUCUCUUAAUCUUCUUUUUUUUGCUGUCUGUAUUUGAGUAACUCAGAUGACUAAAAUGUGCUGGGGUGCCAGGACAGUGGGGUGGAGAGGAGGGAAUGGGAUGGGGCAAGGCGCUAACCGAAACAUGAAGCCUGUGUAUUUGUGCUGAGCAGCCAGCCAAUGGCCGUGUUCCCCUGCUCAGACGUUGCAUGCAUCAACCAAUGGUUGCGUGCUACGUCAUCCACUGACAGAUUGCUAUAACAUAUGUGGUUAGCUGAUACGUAAAAUAUCUAUCCAAGCGUUGUAAGCUCUGGCAGGCAUCAGCAAUGCUGGGCAGAGGAACACGCCCUUCAUCUCCUAACUGGAAUCUGAUCGGGGGGGUUGGUGGGGAUUUCAGGGAAUCGCAACAUUCUCCCCCCACUCAUCCACUCUGUGGUUUAUUAUGAGAUUCAAUGCUUUCUGAUGGUGUAGGGGUGUUGCACCAUAUCUAGUGAGCUUCAGGAGUUGACCGUUACUUAGCACAUUCAACAUUUUCUCCCUUUACCCCCCCAGUUUGAGCCUUUUUCAUUGGGGUUAAAAUUCCAGUACAAUUCCAGAGCAUUAUGUAUGUUCUUUGGAGAUUGUUUAAUUGUUUACUUUACACUGACUGAGCAAAUCUGCCAUUUAAAACGCAGUAUUUAUUUGAGGGAUGGAGUUGAUUGGAUGAUAAGAAUAUCUUGCAUAAAGACCACUCAACAGACAUGUUUACUUGCAGUGAAGGAUAUGGUCAGAGAGUGAUGUUGAGCCAAGUGCUUUUGACUGAAAGCUCAUCCAUAUAUCCCAAUAGACGACUGAUCAGCCAUUUCAUUGUGCUAACCAACAGAGAACAGUACGCUAAAGACCAGUAUUCCUCAAUGCAUAUUUAAAUUGCAUGUUCCUCUACUGGCUGCAUGGUACUCUCUACAAACAAUGUUGUACUGGAAUUUUCUUCCAAAAAUAACAAAUGAACAUUUGAGAUAGUGUGAGAUUAUUUGGCUAUGUCUAACCUUUGACUCCAGUCCCAGCACAUUGAGUGUGUGGGUGCUUUCAGAAGUGUCAAAAAGGCUUUGGCCUUAUAAUCUAAACAGAAAUAAAUGAAAAACAUUUGGAAUAAAUUGAA